GACUCUUCUGACGCGUGUCCGGCCUCCAGAGUCAGACCCGGAACUUCAGCAGAGAAAGUGAACGCGACUCCCGUUAAACGAUAACCGGAGGGGCAUCUACAGCUUUUACUGGAGAUAUCGUCCGUGCAGGACUUUAACUGAGAUCGCCUGAAGUGUCAGAUAUGUACCGCUUGCGGGCUCUGACGGCUGCCACCGUCGGGAUGGUGCAGUUGUCAAGACGGCAUCAUGGCGGUGCCUUCCGUUCCUAUCAGCGGCGUCGAGUGAUGCUGGCUGCCCUGGCGGGGGUGACGGGCAUCUCAGCCAGCGCUGGACUACUGUGGACAAGAGCAUAUGCAGAGGCGGGAUCUUCAGUCAAGCAUGAGGAGCAGAUGAAGGAGGAGGAGUUUUUGAAGGAUAUAGAGGAGGAGGCGGGGUCAAACGGUGCUCUCAAGACGAGUAGCAGGGAGGAGGAAGACGAGGCAGGCACAGAAGGGAAGAAAAAGAAACAGAGAGUCGGCUUCCGUGACCGCAAGGUGAUGGAGUAUGAGAAUCGGAUCAGAGCUUACUCCACCCCAGACAAGAUAUUUCGCUACUUUGCCACCCUGAAGAUCAUCAGUGAGCACGGAGACGCGGAGGUUUACAUGACUCCACAGGACUUCGUGCGCUCUAUCACACCCAAUGAGAAACAGCCAGAGAACCUUGGUCUGGAUCAGUUUGUGGUGAAACGCUAUGAUGGAAAGGUAAGCAGCGAGAUCUGUAAGAUCUCCCAGGACAGAGAGAGGUUUGCAGAUGAGGACAGCAUUUUCUACACACUGGGGGAAUGUGGACUCAUCUCUUUCUCUGACUACAUUUUCCUCACAACCGUCCUUUCCACUCCUCAAAGGAACUUUGAAAUCGCCUUCAAGAUGUUUGACUUAAAUGGAGAUGGAGAGGUCGACCUUGAGGAGUUUGAACAGGUUCAGAGUAUCAUCCGUUCUCAGACCAGUAUGGGCAUGAGACACAGAGAUCGCUCCACCACAGGAAACACUCUGAAAACAGGAGGCUGCAGUUCAGCCCUCACCACCUACUUUUUCGGGGCUGACCUGAAGGGCAAGCUCACCAUUGGCAGUUUCCUGGAGUUCCAGAGGAAACUGCAGCAUGAUGUGCUAAAGCUUGAGUUUGAGAGGAAUGAUCCAGUGGACGGCAGGAUCACAGAGAAGCAGUUUGGAGGAAUGCUGCUGGCCUACAGUGGAGUUCAGUCUCGCAAACUCAAACAGAUGCAGAAGAACCUCAAGAGGAUGUUCAAGGAUGCUCAGGGCAUCACGUUUGAAGAAGUGGAGAACUUCUUCACCUUCCUGAAGAACGUGAAUGACGUUGACACUGCGUUGAGUUUCUAUCACAUGGCUGGCGCCUCUAUAGAUAAAGCCACCAUGAAGCAGGUGGCCCGCACUGUGGCCAAGGUAGAGCUGUCUGACCACGUGUGUGACGUGGUGUUUGCCCUCUUCGACUGUGACGGAAAUGGGGAGCUGAGUAAUAAGGAGUUUAUCUCCAUCAUGAAACAGCGGCUGAUGCGUGGGCUGGAGAAGCCCAAGGAUAUGGGUUUCACCCGGCUGGUGCGUGCCAUGUGGAAGUGUGCCCAGAAUACUGCCUGGGACUUUGCCAUGCCGAAACAGCAGUAACA